GGCCAUUUGCUUUGCUCCGCCCUAGAGUCCCGGAGUCAAAGCCGGUUCUCAGCCUGGUCGCGCUGCUUCCCCGCACUCGCUUGCCUCUUUUUUUUCUUUCAACAUGACAGAUGCCGCUGUGUCCUUCGCCAAGGACUUCUUGGCAGGUGGGGUGGCCGCGGCCAUCUCCAAGACGGCGGUAGCGCCCAUCGAACGGGUCAAGCUGCUGCUGCAGGUGCAGCAUGCCAGCAAGCAAAUCACAGCAGAUAAGCAGUACAAGGGCAUUGUAGACUGUGUGGUUCGUAUCCCCAAGGAGCAGGGAAUCCUCUCCUUCUGGCGUGGUAACCUGGCCAAUGUCAUCAGAUACUUUCCCACUCAGGCUCUCAACUUUGCCUUCAAAGAUAAAUACAAGCAGAUCUUCCUGGGUGGUGUGGACAAGAGAACCCAGUUUUGGCGCUACUUUGCAGGAAACCUGGCAUCAGGUGGCGCCGCUGGGGCCACAUCCUUGUGUUUUGUGUACCCUCUUGAUUUUGCCCGUACCCGUCUAGCAGCUGAUGUGGGCAAAGCCGGAGCUGAAAGGGAAUUCAAAGGCCUUGGUGACUGCCUGGCUAAGAUCUACAAAUCUGAUGGGCUUAGGGGCCUGUACCAAGGCUUUAAUGUGUCUGUGCAGGGUAUUAUCAUCUACCGAGCUGCCUACUUUGGUAUCUAUGACACUGCAAAGGGAAUGCUUCCCGAUCCCAAGAAUACUCACAUCUUCAUCAGCUGGAUGAUUGCACAGUCUGUCACUGCCGUUGCUGGAUUGACUUCCUAUCCCUUUGACACUGUUCGCAGGCGCAUGAUGAUGCAGUCUGGACGCAAAGGAAGUGAUAUCAUGUACACCGGCACAGUUGACUGCUGGAGGAAGAUUGCUCGUGAUGAAGGGGGCAAAGCUUUUUUCAAGGGUGCAUGGUCCAAUGUUCUCAGAGGCAUGGGUGGUGCUUUUGUGCUUGUCUUGUAUGAUGAAAUCAAGAAGUUCACAUAAUUAUUUUCCUAGAUGUUCCUCUUGUGAACAGGCAUGUUGUAUUAUAUAACAUCUUGAGCAUUCUGGACAGAUUAUCUGGGCUGUCUAUCAAUGGCAACUAUUUACCUGUUGAAAGUGGGAAGCAAUAAUCUUCAUCUGACCAGCUUUCUCCUAAAGCCAUUUCCAUGAUGACAAUAAAGAUGGGACUCAAUUAUAUUUUUUAUUUCAGUCACUCCUGACAAAAAUUUGAAGAAAUAAAAUUAUCUAAAAACAA